CUAAGUUGCUAUAUUUUUUACGAAGGUAUUAUUAGAAUGUAAACAGAGUAUCUAUGUUGGAUUUUCUUUUUCGAUGGAGGGAGUAUGCGGUGAGCUCACCAAGUACGGAGUACUGGAGUAGUGGAGCCUACCCCAUGCGGCCGUGCCUCGUGGAGCCCCACCCACCACUCAGCCCUGUGACGAGACGAGACAACGACGACGACGCGAAUUGGGUCUUUUGUUUACUGCAGCGAUUGCUCAUCAAGGCGGCGGACCAGUCGACGACGACCCCGGCGGCCGGCGAGGAUGGGUCCACAGAUCGAUGCCGACCGGGCACGAGACUGCCCCAACUCACGCCGCCCACCCCCGCCCGCCUGUUCGACGGAACGCCAAAGGCGGGGACGAGGGGGUCGCCCCCGCAGUCCACGCCCGCAAGGUGUUCGAACAAAUGCCUUAGCGGGAGGAGCCGUUCCGGGCGCCGGUUUGCUCCGGCUCCGGGAGCUCGGCGCGUUUGUUUGCGGUCGUGGCAGUAACGACUAGUAGAGUAGUAGGAGCGAAGCAAGUGCUCCGCGGAAGCCCUGACCAUUUCUCAGGCGCGUCGAGACUCGAGACGAGACGAGACGACCGUCGUUUUCUUUGGUUUCUUGGGUACUUCUUCUUUUUUUUUUUUUUUUUUUUUUUUUUUGCAGGUGAUGUGAAAAUAGUGUGGAAACCGUGUGGGAAGUCUAGAGAUGUCAACGAGUCCGCAAUUCUGCGUUAACUUAAUCGCAGCCUACGGAUUCCAUUUCGCCACUGCAGUUACCCUGCUACUGCCUACGAGCUCCCAGGUACUUAAUUUUGUUACUGGCAUUGCUUUGCUUACCUGCGUGUUCCAAAGUCAAUCAUUGUCAGCAGCUAGCAGUGGCAUCUGAGUGCAGAAGAUACAAUCCAUCUCGUUGUCAUAUUAAAAGUCGGGAAUCCCCACCACUACUAUCUUUUAGUUGUUUGGAUGUUCUAACUGCAAGGUGGCCAUAUUCCUUGUAAAAUAACAUGUACGCCGAUUAUGUCUGAUUCGAUUAGAUGCAUCUUUUCAACAUAUUGGCUGUUUCAGCUGCACUCGAUUUCUUAGCGAGUUAUUGAGCACGAGCUGGUAGUGUUAUUUAUGUGCGUGGUUAUUGCAAGAUGGCCCCGCCCUUUUUCUGCUGCUGUCCUUUGGAAACAUGUGCGUUCACACUGCCAUUAGGGCUUCAACAACUGGACUAUCCUUACAAUUGCUUACCAGUUUGAGCAGCAGAGUCAUCCAUGUUCUGACUGCAAACAUGCAAUAUCAGCUAGGAAAUGAGCAUAUGGCCGAUGGGGUUGGCCUCUCAAUGUGAUUAUGUUAGCACAGAGUGCAUUUCCAUGUCAGGAACCUAUUAUGCACUCAUAAUUGGAUGGGAGCAAGUUCAUACAACUCUAUACACAUAGAGCAAGUUAAUACAACUCUAUACACAUAGAGCUAAUAAUUCAUAUGGCGGUUAUCAUUGUGGGGUCAAGCAAGCAAGCUAUCUUCUAUUGUAUCUUAUAAACGUAUAUUAUAUCAUCAAGGGAAGUCUUACCUACUGCUCCUCAGACUCGCAAUCUCAGAUAUUGAGGAACCACAUGGAAAAUGGAAGGCAACCCAAGCUCACCAUUGCUCUGACCAAUACCACAGAUGUCCUAAUACCAGUCAAUGGACAGAGUGAAGAAAACAACACCAAUGGGGAUAGGGCAGAGUAUGGCAUGGAAACUGGCAGCGACAGGCAAGACUCCAUGAAUGGUUUGUCCAGUAGGUUUUUAUUGGCCAGUAGCCAUGCACCCAGCAUCACAGUUGAUUUUGAGCUCUUGUGGAGACUGCGGAAGUACCUUGUAAUGCUUGCAAUCUUAGCAGUCAGUGUGACAUAUAAUGCUGGAUUAACCCCACCGGGUGGAUUUCGGACAAAAAACACGACUAAUGGACGUGAUGCUGGUGAACCUCUCCUUCGUGUUUACUUCUUCCCACGGUAUGAGGUAUUCUUUUACUGCAAUGCAACAGCCUUUGCUGCAUCUCUUGUCUUAAUCAUAUUGCUUCUAAGUAAGAGUGUGACGAGGCAGAAUUUGUGGCUCCGUUCAAUGCAAUUUACCAUGAUAUUAGACCUAUUCAGCUUGAUGGGAGCCUAUGCUGCUGGAAGCUGCAGGGCAGUAAAGUCUUCCAUUUAUAUAUGGGUCCUAGUUGUUGCUGUUUUCAUAUAUGUUGGAAUUCACAUUUUGUUAUGCACAAGGAUAUUUCCAAAAUGGUUGAAAGAGAGAGUACAAAUGCUGCUACAGAAAAUUCAAGCAAAGUGGGGUGUACAUGAGGAGAACAGGAGCAACGAUCAAAAAAGAAACAUUGAGGAGGCUCGCAAGUUCAUUUUGACACUUGCAACUUUUUCUGCAACUAUCACUUACCAAGCAGGAUUAAGUCCACCAGGUGGUUUUUGGACUGAAGGCAGCAGUCAUCCAGCAACCCCUAUUCUUCGGAGUAACUAUCUUCUUCGGUAUAAUUUUUUCAUGAGUUGCAAUGCAACUUCAUUUGUGGCAUCUUUGGUCACAAUCAUGUUGCUUCUUAGCCCAGAAUUGAGCAUGCAUGGAAUAAGAUCUAAAGCAGUUAUUGUGUGUGUGGUAGCUGACCUAUUGGGCCUGAUAGGUGCGUAUGCUGCAGGAAGCUGUAGAGAUAUAGCAGUUUCUUUCUAUGUUAUGUCUGUUUCCAUCAUAGUCUUGACCUGCUUUGUGGUUUUGGCUGGAAUCUUGGUUUACAAACCUGUCGCAGAUUGGCUACAAAAGAUCAAACCAGACACUCUGACAUGCAUUGGUACAAUUGGCCGGGUUUUUUCAUUGGAUUUUAAGAGAAACAGAUCAAUUGAUAGAGAACAAGAAAAUUCUCAAGCAAAUCAUCUGCAAACGGAGCUUGAACCAGAUGCACAAGUAAAAGAAAAUGCUCUGCAAAGUACAGAUAUUGAAGAGGGAGAGUCACAUGCGAAGAAUCAGCCUUCUGGCGAAUGUCAAUCUGCAAAUUCCGAGGAGGCUGAGCCUGACUCUGACCAUCCAUCGGCCGGUUAUCAGCAAUCUAUGUGUAGCACAGAUGUUGUGUACAACCUGCAGGGUCAGUCUAUAGACGACCAAGCCCAACCAACCGCAGAGGAAUCUAUAUCCAACACACAGCACCCAUCUGAAAAAAGUCAACAUGCUACAAACUAUAAGGACGGUAUGCAUCAAUCUGCAGACAAUCAGCAAGAUGCAAAUACAAAGGAAAAUUCUUCAUCAAUCGAUGAUUUCAAGACACUUAAGGAUGGUAUUUCUGACCCUGAGCCUCAAUCUGCAGAUAGCCAUCAAGUUACAGAUAUGAAGGAACAAUCCACAAUGACUAACGACUUAAAGACUACAGAUACUGAAGGCAGUAUGCCUGACCCUGACAAUCGAUCUACAGACAGCCAGCAUGUUAUAAAUAAAAUGGAACAAUCUUCGUCGACUGAUGAACCUGGGACUGUUGUUACACCAGAAGAGAAAGUAUCUCCUAAUGUGCCUGUGGGACAUAGUGAGAUUGAAAUUGCUGAAGAUAAUAAAAUUGCUCCACAUGUUGAGAAUGGCUAUAUUGACAAGAAUGAAAGAUCUCCCAAUGAAGAUGGCAAUAGAAAUCAAACUGCUAAGCAUCUGAAGAAGUGCCGCACAUAUCUACUCCUCCUUGCGAUUCUUGCAGUAUCUCUGACAUACCAAUCAGGUCUGAAUCCACCAGGCGGCUUCUGGACAAGACACGAGGAUUAUCAUUCAUCUGGUGAUCACAUCCUUGAGGACACUCACCACCCUCGCUAUAUUGCAUUCUUCUAUCUAAAUGCAAUUGCCUUUGUUGCAUCCGUUGUCAUGAUCAUUAUGCUCCUGAACAGAAGAAUGGCCAACAAGGUUAUAAAACGGCGUGCACUGCAGAUAGCAAUGAUAGUGAUCCUCCUGUCCUUAACAGGGGCUUAUGUUAUGGGAAGCUGUAGGAAGACAAAGAAUUCAGUUUAUAUCUCAGUGAUGGUACUCCUCGUGCUUGCUUAUGUUGGUAUUCAUGUUUUGAUAGCAAUUCAUGUAAUCCCAGAAGGUUGGAAAAGGCAGGUGGCAGAAAAGCUAAACCGCCUCUCGUGCAGACAUUUGUGGUCGCCUCUCCAUGGCAGCAACCAGACAGGGCAUGGCAAUGAGAAGGAUUGGGAGCGAAGGCGCAAUCUACUAUUGAUUCUUUCUAUUCUCGCUGCGACUGUCACAUACCAAGCUGGCAUGAACCCUCCAGGAAGUGUAUGGUCUGAUGACAAGGAUAUCAACCGCACCCUUACAGGCAACCCAGUCCUUCAGGAGAACAAUUUAAGACGCUAUAAUGUGUUCUACUACUCAAAUUCAGUCUCAUUCGUGUCAUCUGUUGUCAUCACAAUACUACUCGUGAACAAGGGAUCCUGUGAGCAUGGUAUGAAGUUCUAUGCAUUGCGAGUGUGUUUGGCAGCAGGAUUGGUUGGCCUCUUGAUUGCUUAUGCUGCAGGAAGCUGCAGGAAAGCAAAACAAUCUAUUUAUCUCAUCAUCGUUGCUGUUGCAGUUCUGAUCUCCCUUAUGAUUCAAGUCUUCAUUAUGUCUUCAACAUAUGAUAAACUAGGAAAGCCAUUGUGCAAGUGUAUGGAAAGUUUGCUUGAGUGGAUUUUUCAGACUAAGGAGGUUAGGCAAGAUAUUGGUUCUGAGAUCCAAGGAAGUCCAGAUCCUGGUGACAAAAGUGAAAGAAAAAGACACAAGUAUCUGAUGUUGCUUUCAAUUUUGGCGGCCUCCAUCACAUACCAAGCUGGUCUGAACCCACCUGGUGGCUUCUGGUCGGAUGACAGUUCAGAUCCCCCAAAACACAAGGCUGGCGACCCAGUCCUUCAUAAUAUUCAUCCCCAUCGCUACAAAGCAUUCUUCUGCUUCAAUGCAUUCUCCUUCAUGUCAUCCAUUGUUGUGAUCAUGCUUCUGCUGAGCAAAUCUGUCAGGGAGAAGAAUGUACCACUUGGGGUAUUGCACUUGAUCAUGAUACUAGAUUUGCUGGCUCUCAUGACGGCUUUCGCUGCGGGAAGCUGCAGGAAAUUCAGGACCUCAGUUUAUGUCUAUGGUCUAGUAAUCGGUGUCACAAUAUACCUUCUGUUGGUGACCAUUUUAGCAAGUAGCAUCGCGAAAUGUCUGAGAUCAAGGAAGAUAAGUAAGAAUUCCUAUGAGAAGCAUCAUGAACAUCCUUCAAGAGUAAACACACUGCCACUUAAACAACAAGUUUGAAGGUUUAGUAUUCACAGAUUACCAUCGAGUGGAAAUCUGCUUUUGUUUUGCCAGCAUGUGGUGGGUGGUUUCAGUUGAUAGGAUUUGUUCUAGCGUAUUUGAUCAGUGUUGAUAUUUCGAAUGAAGCCUGAAGCUGCACAUGUAUUAAUUUCCAAUUAUUUUCAUGCAUCAGACAUUGUCACUUAAUAACUACAAGCAGGCCACAAAUAUUGUUCCCAUUAUUUUUGUCGUUGCAUACUUGCAUAUGACUGCCACUUUUGUCUAUUGGAAUAGUUACAUGUCAGGAUUUUUUUUUUC